AUGUAUGCUAUAGCUGCUACAGUUGCCGCGGCCAUUGGGGCCUUUUUCGCACAAUGGCCUGCAUCAGGGCCACCGCGCGUCAGCAUCGAGAACGGAACUGUCAUCGGAUUGAGCACAGAUGGCGUCGACUCUUUCUUGGGAAUCCCCUAUGCCCAGCCCCCAAUUGGCUCUUUACGGCUGAAGCCACCUCAAGCAUUAACAAACAAAUUUGGAACAAUCCAGGCAACAUCAAUGCCAAAGGCAUGUCCGCCUCUCAAGAUUCGAGGCGAUCCAAACAUGCUUGCCCAGCUUCCUGAACAGUUGGCAGCAAUGAUGGGCAAUUAUUUCAACGAGCCUACGCAUGUGGGCGAAGAUUGCUUGACUUUGAACAUCCAACGGCCCGCGUCCACAGCAGCUGAUGCCAAGCUGCCAGUGUUAGUCUGGAUUUACGGAGGAGGUUUUGAACAAGGUUCUACGCAGAGGUAUGACUUUGCUCGACUUGUCAAUACCUCAGUUUCCAUGGACCAUCCUGUUUUAGUGGUACAAAUGAACUGGCGAGUAUCUGCUUUCGGAUUUCUUGGAGGAAAAGAGCUCCAGAAGGACGGUAGCACAAACCUGGGACUACGCGAUCAACGUUUUGCCUUGAACUGGAUCGCGGAAAACAUCGAGGCUUUUGGGGGAGAUCCCUCCAGAGUCACCAUCUGGGGCGAAUCAGGCGGAAGCAUGUCCGUCUUCGAUCACAUGCUCAUCAAUGGCGGCGACCAUUCCUACAAGGGGAAGCCGCUGUUCCGCGGAGCUAUUUUGAACUCUGGUGCUGCUGGGCCGGCACUUCCCGUCCAAGCCCCUGUGGCACAGAAAGUAUACGACACUAUUGUUGAAACAGCUGGAUGUUCUUCAUUAAAGGAUACGCUUGGCUGUCUCAGAGAGCUACCUUAUGAGGCCUUCUUGAACGCUUCGAAUGUGACACCCAACAUGUUCAAUCAGGAUGGUAUAGCUGUAGCGUUCUCUCCACGACCAGACCCAACUGAUGACUUCUUUCCUCUCUCUCCGGAUGAAGUCAUCAAAGCAAAACAGCCAAAAAUUGCUUCUGUACCGCUACUGGCCGGUACCAUGGAGGAUGAGGGGACACUGUUUGCUCUAGCGCUGUACAGGGCUCAGACCAAGGACGCUCUUGUUGAUGUGAUUUAUGGCAUUGCUCCUGAUUGCCCCAGGUCCGUCUUCGAAAAACUUUUCUCAUUCUAUCCCGAUGAGCCCAGUUAUGGAUCACCGUAUAAUACCGGGGAUGCCAAUGAGUUAUACCCGGGCUAUAAACGCAAUGCAGCAAUCACGGGAGACAUAUGCAUUGCCUUCCAACACCGUGUUGUGCUCGAAGCUAUUUCAGACCUAGUGCCAUCGUGGAGUUACAUGUCCUCAUAUGGACGACAGACACCAUUUAUUGGCACAUUUCACGAAGCUGAUGUUGCGCUCUUCGCGACCGGGUUCCCAGAGCCAAUAUACCUUGCGAUGGCUCAAUACCUCAUUAGUUUUGUUCAUCACUUGAACCCCAACGUAAUUAGCAUGAUUGAUGGGGGCUCACGACCUCUUCCAAACUGGCCAAAUUACAAAAAGGAGACUAAAGAUAUGAUGCAGUUCACAGAUCAUGGGCUAGAGAUUGGCCAAGAUAAUUCCCGCCAAGAAGCUUUUGACUAUUUCAACUCGAAGCUUCAUCAGCUUCGGUGGUAA